GAUGUUGUCCGUGAGGGGAAUCACUGGCCUGUUGUGUAUGGUGUAGGAGUGAGUUUUGCAAGGAAUUCCUGCUUUGGUCCUGGACUCCUUGACAUCUACCCAGCCUCUUUUCCAAAAGAGAAUGAAUCAGUAAUUCCUCAGAUCACUCUCAGAGGCGCAAGACUCGUAAUGGACAAAACGAUGCGUAGUCUGUACGAUGGUAAGAAAAAGCAAAUGACAAUCGGACCAUAUGACUGGUUUUGGGAUUUUGUGAAGAAUGACGAUGACACCAGGGAUUUAACAGAUGGAGAAAUAAGAAGGAAUUUUUCGACUUCACCCCUGGUUGAAAAGCCAGAAUUCUCCCAAACGAUCAAGGAGCAGUACAAGUACCUCGCUGACAAUGUGAUCCUCAAAAGCACCACAAAUCAGGUCCUUUGUUACAGCUUGAUUCCAGAAGGAUGGGUGCCAUCAUAAAAAUAUAUACAUUUGAAAAGUAAAUUAAUAUUGGACAUCAUUAAAUUAUACAUAAAAACUGUAAGCACUUAUUGAUA